AUGUCGGCCACCCACACUACUCAAGGAAAUCCAAGAAUCACUCAAUGGAACCCUCAGAUUGAUGAAGAGCUGGAAGAAGCGCGGAGGCAACACGCUAGGAGGGCUGCAGACCGUCGUGACAAUGGCAUACCUUUGAGCGAGUACAUGCGAGUCGUCUGCGCAUCAGUUGCACCAGUCCCAUCCGCUGUUGCUCCGAAUAUUAAAUAUCGAGCACUGAGAAACGGGGUACUGGCAGCUUGCCUCGCCGCUGUCCCCGUGCUUGUGGACAUCCUCAUCAGCGGCGGUGGUGCUGAAGGAGUGUCCAAUCGCCUCGCCGUGGCAGCAAAGACGAUUUCUGUGUCGUUUGCUGGAGGCGCUGGGGUGACUUGGCUGACAGAGACACUUCUCCAGAGGCUCAAGCAGCAGUUGCUGAGUGCUCAGUUCCUCAGGACCCUCGCAGGAUCAUCCACACCAGUCGCCGCGGAGGCGCUCAGUGGAAUGUGUGGUCCACUUGCACUUCUCCUCUUCAAGGCUAUGUGGGAUGGAAGCGCAAGUUGGGUUUCGAGUGCAAUGGGAGACGUAGAGUCGGCCAAUAUUCACUGGGAGUCAUUCAAAUCCAAUUUCAGCGUUGAUGCGCUCCUCCCCGCUGCGGCAGUUACGGGCGUGACUGCUUUCUUGGGACCAGCGGCCGGAUCCGCGCGUUUAGUCGUCCAGGCGGGAUACUGGGCCUUACUAGGUGUCACCUCGACAGUUACUGACCGGGUUAUUCACGCGAAGAACGCAGCUGGUGGUUGGGCAGACUGGGCGUACUCCUUGGUCUUCACAGACAGACGCGCACGAGAAUGGACUGGAGUCCAGUUUAAUCUUAUUGAAAACCAGUUGACGGACACUCUUCGCUGCUGUAUCAGUGGCCGCAUGCCUAUCAAGCCCGUGCGUUCGACGAGAAAUGGACAGCUUUACGAGCGGUCGGAGAUCUACAACUGGCUGGAUCACAACAGUAUCGACCCCUUCGACCGUCAACCCGCAUCUCGUUUGGAUUAUGUCUCGUGCGCCGUGACAACAAAAUGGAUUUAUCGAAUCGUGAACGAGUUUAACGCAAAUGAGGCAACCAUAUAG